UGCAUGCCACGUGCGUAUGUCAGUAAAUUUGAAGAAAUCGAUGCAGCCAAACACGCUUACGAGCAAGGGUUUGGGGUGUCGCCGCCGCAGCUGAUCAAACUCGCUAAGAAUGAGUCGAUCCCCUGAGGUCAAGUGGGCACAACGUAUUGACAAGGUCUACAUCACUGUACUAUUGCCUGAUGCAAGAGACGUGAAAGUUAAUCAAGAACCUGAUGGCACUUUCACUUUCUCUGCCACAGCUGGUGCUGCAAGUAACUUUUAUGAAUUAAAAUUGGAACUUUUUGAUAAAGUAAAUAAAGAGGAAAGCAAAAUUAAUGUAGGGGUCAGGUCUAUCUUUUGUGUGAUUGAAAAAGCAGAGAAGCAGUGGUGGAAGAAACUAGUAGGUGGCGAGGGAAAGACUCCUCACUAUGUGAAAGUUGAUUGGGAUAAGUGGGUUGAUGAAGAUGAUGAUGGUAUAUUCCUCCGUGUUAUUUUGUUUGUUAUGUUUUUUUUUAAAAAAAUGGUACUACCAUAUACUUGUUUUUCGAUCAUAGUGUGAAUGCCCAGUGUAUGC